ACAAAAGAGAAGCAUUUUCAUCUCAACAGGAGGGUUUGUCUAAAUCAGAACUGAAAAUAAAUAUACUUUGAUCUCUAUUUGAACGAUUAUUUACCAUGGAAGAAUGAGCAGCCAACCUAAAGGUUAACCAUUUAAAUAUUUUGCAUCCUAUUCACUUUUGAUCUUGUAGGGAUUGAAGGACUUUCAUUCAUUUCUCUUCCACCUCUGAACAUGGCAAAUGAAACAUCAGAUACUGCCACUUACAGUGCUAUUUAUAUUGGAGUGGAAACCGUGAUUGGAAUAUCAGCAGUUUUGGGUAACAUUCUGGUGAUUUGGGCUGUUAGAUUAAACCCAAGUCUUCAAAACACAACCUUUUAUUUCAUUGUAUCUCUGGCACUGGCAGACUUAGCAGUGGGUUUUUUAGUCAUGCCACUGGCCAUUGUUCUUAGCCUGGGAAUGCAUUUUCAUUUCCAUGCAUGCUUAUUUAUAUGCUGCCUCAUCAUUAUAUUAACCAACGCUUCCAUCCUCUCCUUGCUGGCCAUAGCCGUUGAUCGGUAUCUGCGAAUUAAAAUACCAACCAGGUACAGAAUUGUGAUUACAUCCAGAAGAAUCUGCUUUUCUAUUUGCAUUGUCUGGAUAAUAUCUUUUCUGGUGGGUAUGGUGCCAAUGUUUGGAUGGAACAACAGGUCCAGCCUCAAAGAAGAACACCAGCAUUACCUGAACUGCACAUUUGAAAAUGUCAUGAGUAUGGAAUACAUGGUUUACUUUAAUAUUUUCGGAUGGGUCUAUCUUCCAUUGAUGAUCAUGCUGAUUUUGUACAUUGAAAUUUUCUAUCUUAUAAAAAAGCAACUGAACCAAAGUAAUUCAAAUUACCUGAGGAGAGGAGUGUUUUAUGGCAAAGAAUACAAGACUGCAAAAUCCCUAGCACUGGUCUUAUUGCUUUUUGCAUUAAGUUGGUUACCACUGGCCAUUUUGAACUGUGUACAGUUCUACAACCCAAAUGUGAAAAAGCUUGGCCUAUAUCAGCCUACAAUAUUUCUUUUUAUAUUAUUGUCCCAUGCCAAUUCUGCAAUGAACCCAAUCAUCUAUGCUUUCAAAAUAAAAAAGUUUAAAGAAGCCUACAUUCAUAUUCUAAGAACAAUCUUAAUGCAGAAGUCUGUGGUUCCUGAUGCUGCCAACGCUGAACACACAAUGGAAGAAAUAUCUAAAGACUAAACUCUCAAUGAAAUGAAUGGAUAAGCACAAACAUAUGCAGCAAUAAUACUGGAGAAAUAUUCAUUUGCCACCAGUGUACUAAAAGCACAUUCUUCACUACCAUGAAAAAUGUGGGAGGGUUAAUAAUAUGAACUAUAGACUUUAACAAGAUGAAAGUUUGAGCUUAUAUAUCAAGGUGCACCUGCACCCUGUAUUUUUGGUAUUUUUAGGUUUUAAUCAACGCAUUUUGUUUUAUCCUGCUUUUUAAAACGACUGGGUAUAAAAUGGCAUUAAAUGGAGCAUAAAUUGUUUUUACCCUAGUGACAUUAAUUUAUACUAGUGAUGAGCGAAUCUGUUUCAUUUCACUGAAAAAUUCACAAAAAUUUGCAAAAUGCAGCUACCGUAGACUUUUUUGAAGCAUAUGACUUUUUUUGUUACUCUUUUUUUGUUUCAGAAUUGAGAAAGCCGGUCAGAUGACUAGUGAAAUUUCUUAUUUAAAAGGGGGAAGCAAUAUAUUGUAGGCUUUUCCUGGGUAUAAUUUUUAAUAGCAAACUAAACAUACAAUAUCACAAGGAAGUAGGGCUGGAAAAGAAAGUAAAAAGGGAUCAUUUACUAAAGAGUGGAAGGUGACUAGUACAGUACAAAACAAUGUUUUUUGCCCAUAGUGUACCUAGCUACCCUGCAACAGAAUAAAGUCAUGCACACCAA